AAAAAGGCUCUCAGAUAAAUCCGGCAUGUCCGGAAUACGAUACGAUGUCGUCUAUAAAUAUGUCUUAGUAGUCAAUUUGAGUUAAGUUUUAAAUAAGAAAGUUGUUGAAGUGGGUUUAAAUACUAUAUUUGAUUCUGCCUUCAAAAAGUAGACGUAUCUGUAACUUGACUCACAAGGCUCAGUCCUCGGACCUAUUCUGUUUUUGAUCCAUGUUAAUGACUUGUUCGAGUUACCCGUUAAAUAAAUAAUGAAAUUAGCACCUCUACCAUGGAUUACAUUAUUAUAUCAAUUGAUAUGUCAUACUCAACAAACUGCCCUCCGUCCAUAUCCUGCUUCUGAAGUUGACUCUCCAUUUAUGGCAAUCGGAAGAGGUUCAACCAUAAGAAGGGCUUUGGUUCAGUCCUGUUCGGAUUUGAUUUUUUGCCAAGGAGCCUUAUUGGACACCGUACAAAGACAAGGGCUGUAUAAGGAUUCGAAAAGGUUCGUUGAUAUGAGCCUGAAACACGACCAAGAAACUACGUUGAAAAAUUUUCGGAAAAUGAUGAGCGAUUCUGGUGAGAAACCUAGUAAGGCUGUUGUACGGAAAUUUGUCGAAGAAAAUUUCGAGUUUGUUAGUGAGACGGAAUCUUGGACACCUACAGAUUUCAAUCAGUCGCCGACAUUUUUAAACACCAUCAAGGAUACUAAGGUGAAAAAAUUCGCCAAAUCACUAGUAUCGCUAUGGCCCCUUUUAGGACGUCGUAUCAAGGAUAGUGUAAAGACAGACCCAAAAAGGCACUCGCUGAUACCGGUUCCUGAAGGAUUUAUAGUACCCGGAGGAAGGUUCAGGGAGAUUUACUAUUGGGAUUCGUAUUGGAUAAUUGAAGGUUUACUAAUAAGCGAAAUGAAGAACACCGCCAAAGGAAUGCUAACCAAUUUGGCCUACUUCAUCAAAAAUUACGGUUUCAUUCCGAACGGUUCGCGAGUGUACUACCUGAACCGGUCUCAACCGCCCCUUUUCACCAUGAUGGUAGGACUCUACAUGGACUAUACCAACGACCAGGCUUGGUUGGCAUCAAACGUUGAAUAUAUCGAGAAAGAAAUGAUGUUUUGGUUGGACACUCGGACGCUUACUAUAACCAAAUCUGGAUCGACUUACCAGUUGGCGCAUUAUGGUACUCGUAGCAAUACGCCCAGGCCGGAGUCAUACGCGGAAGAUUUGGAGACGUGUAAACGAGUUGAGGAUGACGUUGGAAAGCAAGCUUGCUACAAUGCACUGAAAACAGCCUGCGAAACCGGUUGGGAUUUCUCACUACGAUGGAUUUUCGACAAACAAGGCGGUAUCAACAGCAACCUCUCAGACAUAGACAGUCAAAGAGUAGUGCCAGCAGAUUUGAACGCUUUCCUAUGCACCUCCUUCCGAUUACUGUCUGGUUUUUAUGGCCAACUAGGCAACUCUGCUAAACAAACGCAAUGGGCAGCUAAGGCCGACUUGUGGCAAAAAAAUAUGGAAACGGUUUUGUACAAUGAAGCAGAUGGAAUAUGGUACGACUACGACUACAACCUGGGCAAACAACGAAAGUACUUUUUUCCUAGUAAUUUGGCACCGCUCUGGACUGGUUGCUACGACAAAACCAAGAAGGAUGAACAAGGAAAAAAGGCAGUGGAAUAUUUGAAAAGACAGGGCAUCGAUAAGUUUAUGGGCGGAAUACCGACGUCACUUCAGAGAAGCGGAGAGCAAUGGGAUUUACCAAAUGCGUGGCCACCGCUUCAAGAAUUCGUAGUUUUAGGAUUGUAUAAUACUGGCAAUGAGGAGGCUAAAGCGAUGGCAAGAGACAUGGCGAAUCGUUGGUUAACUUCAAACAUGAAAGGCUUUGAGCACAGUAAGGCCAUGUAUGAAAAGUAUGAUGCUGUUGAAGUUGGUGAAUAUGGCGGUGGCGGAGAGUACGCAGUACAACUAGGAUUUGGAUGGACUAACGGAGUUGCUUUGUCGUUUAUAAAAGAAUUUCAUUCCAAUGAAAACCAAAGAGGUACAGCAUCUCGAAAUAUAUUGAGUGGUUUUUUCAAUAAGUAUUCCUAUAUUGUAGGAUUUAGUUCACUAGCAUUAUUAAGAGCAAUGUAAUAGGUUUGUUUAAUAAAAUUAUAUUUUUUUCUACUCAAUG